CUCUCAGCUGUACAGAGGAAGAGUUGAGUGGCAAGAAGUUGUCCGUAUUUAAUUCAACUACAAAAUGUCAGCAGCUAACUAGAUCCGUCUAUUAAAAUUUUAUUCAGCUGGCAUUAAGAAAUGCACUUUAAACAGAGUUUUUAUUUUGUGGUGUGUUGGUUAGUGGAUAUAGUUAGUUUGUAACAUAUUUGUAUAUUGUAUGUGUCACUCGUGGAAGAGCAUGGUUUGUUACUGUGAACUUGGUAGACACUUGAAUAAAGCAUAAUCAAUCAAUCAAUCAAUCAAUCAAUCAAUCAAUCAAUCAAUCUUUGAAACCCAUCAGUACAGCUUUCCUUAUCCCGAACCAGGAUUGAUUGUUAACCCCAUAUUUGUCAGUAGUUUUGUGUAAAAUCAAGUGCUACUAUUUUGUAGUAAUUUUUCAUUAACUAACAUAAAUUCUUGGUAUUGCUGAUAAAAUUACUUGUGUCACGAAAAAAUUGCGAUUUCUAGACUCCCUCCCCCAUCUAACAGGUAUGAUAUGAUUGGAGCCUUGGACCCCCCCCCCCCUCUCGUGUGACAUAAUUUUAAUUUAUGUGCGGUCCCUAAAUUCUAAUCAUGUUAUUUUCGACUCCAUGCUGAAUUUUAGCUGAUUAUCAACUUUUUAAAAUCGGUAUUGGUCACCCAUUAGUGCCCUUCUGGUUACUUUUUAUUCAUAUUUUAUUUCAUAUUAUUUCAUGAGAAAGCAGUAAGGAUCUCUGGUCCAAAUUUCGCUUUCCAUGUUAAUUUCUCAAAAUUCUAAUGUUUGCUCGAUUCCAUUACCACCAUGCCAAAUUUCAGCUCUACAUGACGAUUUUUUUUAAAUCGGUAUGAGUCACCCAAUCGGGUCCCUUCACGAAAAUUUAUCCAAUUUGAAUAUUCUUCUACUAGAAGCCAUUAGCAAGCUCUAUACUUUUCAGUUUUCUACUAUUAAUUUGAAAUUUUCGUGCAUGAUACCCCACCCACUCGGAUCACGUGACCGAUUUCGCCCAUCUUCGAACUCGCUUUCCAACUUUCGCAAUAUGCAUAUGAUAAAAAUUUCAAGUCAAUGGUCACGAGCGUUAUCGAAAGACAGACAGACGAACGAAAAUGACAAUUACAAUGACAAUUAGCCCGAACCAAGGCAUAAAAUAAUUAACGUUCAUCUCCGAACGGUUACUAUUAAAUAUGCAGUCAUGCACAGUAUUUAAUGUCAGUAUUUAAUGCAAACUCGCCAAAAAAAAUAGUCGAAAAUAUUCAAACAAAUUUAAAUACAUUUCAUGUCAUUAUAAACACGAACUAGGGAAAAUCCACCCUAAAAUUAAUAUGACAACAUCGUUAAUUCCAUCGUGAUUACAACCGUCCCAUUCCUCGUAAUUUUAUAAUUUUAUUGGCGACAAGAAGGAUGAAAAUUGUAUGACGAGUUCAAACCGGGUAGUAAAAAGCCAUGCAUAUUAAUAAUUGCUCCCACUCGCUCGUCCGCAGUUUAAUAAUAAUAGUACUUCCGCUUCUUCCAAAUCUUACAAUCCAUUUAACACACCGAUUACUGUCCAAAACCGUGGGCUGCAUAUAUGUAUGCAUACGUAGAUCGCCGUAUACUGUCAACCGUCUCAUCAUGGCCCAUCCCCAUAAAAUAAUUAUUUUAUGUGAAGACAAGUCAUUUAGCAAUGAAAUAAAUGAGUCAGGCUGGGACGAGAGCAAUGAAAUGGGACGAGAUGACAAUGAUGCAGGGCUAAAAUAAAACUUGGGGGAUAUCUCCGCUCUUAUCGCUGUAAUAAGAAUUUUAUUGCCCUCUUCUGCACAAGUAGUGGUGGUUGUAGAUAUGUAGAGAUGGAUGGGAAGAUGGGAUGCAGUUGAAUGACUCCGACCGGAUCCGAUGAGAAAUAUGAAGGAAAUAAGGGUAUGGAUAUUAAAGGGAUGUCAAAGACAUGUAAAAGUAAAUGUGGGUGUAGCAAGCAAACUGUUUUGUCAUUUGUAUUGCAAACUAACGAGCUGAAUGCGAAGUUGGAUGAAUUCUAGUUUAAACCAUUUUAAAUUUUGCAUUUGUUUGUUUUAAACUCAUUUUCAAUAAAUAUAUCUCACGCGUGUAUUAAACCUUUUAAUUAUUACAAUAAUUUACCGAUCAGACUCAAAUAUUGGGUAAUAUGCAAAUACUUACAUACACAAAUCGUAUGUUAGCUUUAUCAUAGGGUGAGACACUACUAGGGAAGACUUUUCCCGUUUGUCUGUCCGUCUGUCCGUCAGCAGGAUAACGGAUUAAGAUAAUCCAGAUCGGUUUGCGACAUCAUGCAUAAGGACUCAACUUUUGGAGGUCAACUUUUGGGGUCAUGCGGACCAUCCUCCUUUCAAGGUUAGGGGGCGUGGCCACAUAAUUUUAUGUGGAAUUACUUGUUUCACUCUAUUUCUGCAUUUCGUUUGUAACGAUUUAUUUACAUGGUGCUUUCUCCUUCUCUCUGAAUUUCUUAUUUUUUUGAAUUUUUUGUUGAGCAUGAGUUUGAAUGAAGAUUCAAUCAGGAUCCUUAUCUUUGCCUGAGUCAGCACAUAAUGCAAGAAAGGCAACUUUUCCCAUUUCGAAAAGAGGGAAAAAACUUUCAUCUCCAUUUUAUCCAUCAGAAGAGUAAUGCAGUAAAGUAAGUUUUUUUUUGUUCUUUUUGUUGGAGAAUAGAAGAAGGGGACAGCUUAUUAUUGCCAAGAUUGUGCAGAGUAAAUUUAGUAAGAAGACCGACUAACUCCAUACAAUGACCCGUGUCAGGUCGUGAUUGCAAGAAUCAAGCUUUAUGUACAUAUGGAUGGAAAGUUCGAUGGGCCGUUGACAAGGAGAAGGAGUUGAUCACAUUUGAAGUGAAAGUUAACACGACGGGCUAUGUUGGGUUUGGGAUUUCCUCCACGGGACGAAUGAAGUCGGCCGAUAUUGUGAUCGGGGGUGUGGAUUCGGAUGGGAAAACGUACUUUGAGGACCGGCACGGAAUUGGCAAUGUUGAGCCGGUAAUUGACGUCAGUCAAGAUUGGACCUUGCUGGAUGCCAAAAAAUCUGAAGGAGUGACCCACCUCAAGUUCUCACGACGGCUUGAAACCUGUGACGAAGAUGAUGUUGACAUCAAGGAUGAGACACAAAGGCUGCUGUGGGCAAUAGGAGAAAGUGAUAUUGUUCAAUAUCACGGAAGUGUGAGCAGGGGUUCUUACUCUGUCAAAUUAUUGGAUCCACCUCCUUUCCCAGUGGAUCUUACAAAAUACAAAUCGGUAAAUAUUCUGACCAGAGCUGAAUUCCCAGCUACAGACUCUACUUACUGGUGUUCUGUGGUAGAAGGGCCCGAAACUUUGGAGAAUGAAUCACCUCACAUCAUUGCAAUGGGUCCGAAACUAAAUAAUGAACUGGCCCUCCGUCACACCCACCACCUGACUCUGUACUCUUGUCAACCUCCCCUCAACAAUGCGGAUCCACAAAAAUACUUUGCCCAAUUUAAAGAUGGGAACUGCUUUUCUGGCGGAUAUAGCGACGAUAUAGGCGAACGGAGAUUUGACGCGUAUAAAGAUUGCUCAACCAUUAUUUACAGUUGGGCAAUUGGUGGAAAUAUCAUGAUAUUUCCCGAAAAUGUCGGGCUUGCAAUAAGCACAAGAAAAGGAAAGCGGAGAGAGUACUUUCUCUUAGAACUGCACCUCAAUAACCCAGGAUUGGCGAAGGGACUGUCAUUUCAAACCGGCGUAGAGUUAUUUUACAGCGAACAGCCAAGACCGAUUGAAGUCGGACUUUUAGGAUUUGGAGUUGUGGCUGAUUUUAGACUAACAAUUCCUCCCGAUUCCUCCAACUUUAAAGUGGUUAGUCACUGCAGUCCUGAAUGUACGAAAUUCCUUCCGGAUACGGGAUACACUCUGUUCAAUGUUCAACUUCAUGCGCAUAAUACCGCCAACAAAAUGCGGGUUCGACACUUUCGCGAGGAUGUUGAACUUCCAUUUCUUGGAGAUGAUCAAAAUUAUGACAAUGGGUACCAAGAGAAUCGGAAUAUUAAGGAAGUCAAGCUUCUCCCCGGUGAUCAUCUCACUCUUGAAUGCACAUACGACACUCGAGGAUUGCAACCACCCAGAGUUGUCCGUGGCGGUUACAGGACAACGGACGAAAUGUGCGACGCCAUUAUGUAUCCGAAAGGUCGAGUUGUUGGGUGUGGGAGCGAAGUGGUCGCACCCAUGCUUAUGAACGCUACUGGGAUUCGGUCCGUAGAAAGAACUGGAGUAUCCAACCCUAAAAUUAAACGUCCUUCAAAAUUCAGAAACCUAACUUACGCCGAAUAUUUAAGUUCACACGUGAAUUGGACGGAAGAUUUACGCCUAAAAAUACAAGAUAUUCAAGCCUACACUCCUCAAUUGGUCGGAUGCGCCGUGCAGGAUCCUGCCAUCGAUUUAUCAGCAGCAUUAAUCGAUCCCAAAACGAAAUUCCAAGUAUUGACGCAGUAUCCCAAAGUCACGACGACGUAUCAACCCCCCUCAUCGCUAGAUAAGAAUUGUUCCGCCAGAAGAGAAGUUUUCAUCAGCUCAAGUAGCAGCAGUAGUGUCACUAAAGUACAAAUGCUACAGAUCUAUUUUAUCGUGUUAACAGCCACUUCCGUACUUUUGUUUAAAGAAAGUUGUACAUAAAUAGUGAAAGCGGACAAUGAUAACAAUAAACAGCAUCAUUUUUCAUGA